AUGCCCCACCAGCGCCGCCUUGUGCUCCAUGGUAACAUCGCUUGGGUGUGGAGAGCAAUCUUGCUGGAGCGGUCUCUGAGAUUUUUAGGCACCUGCGCAGCUGUCUCCGCCGCGCCACUCGUCGCGCUCGCGUCGCCGUCACUCAAUACCGUGACUCACUCCUCGCCUCCGCUCGCUCAGCGACAGGGAGUCGUCCACCGAUGCUUGAUGAGGGGCUGUUGUGAUGGCUGCGGCGAAUACACCCCGCACAUGCGACAUGCCUUAUCUGUCUCCAUCUCUGCUGCGCCCACUACAGGAAUGUCGUCAGCUCUCGUGUCAUGUGCACGACAGGCCUCAGCCUUGGCAAAUCAGGGCCAGCAGCGUGAGGCGCAGGACGUCACCGUGUGUGACGGCGGUGAUGUGAAUGAGGCGGGUGGCGUUGUUGCUCAUUUGAGUGAAGUAGCUGGGACAGAAUACAAGCCAGAGCGCCACGUGGAGAAUGCUGAGGUGGCCUUGCGAGAGAUGUUUGGGCCGCUGGCGAAACUGGUCCUGCACCGUAUCCCUCAGCGCUGCCGACCAUCACCGACGGCGGCAGCGGCAGAUGCCGAGGCACUCACAGCGACCGAGGAGGGGCAAGUCGAUACAGGCAACACCACGCUGCACAACGAUUGUAAUGCGAACGAAGAGGCGCCCACAUCGAACGAUGGGGAGAGUGUGGCAGCAGCGCCACCACCGCUGCCUCACCCACACCCGCCGGAGAAGUUCUACUACCGAGUCUCCGCAACCUUCCGUCAGUUCGGCUUCCCCAUCGAGCUCGCUGCCGCAAACGGUUCACAUGCCAGAGAAACAAUCGAGGCAUGCCUCCAGCAAGCCCUCUCUAGCGAUAUCAGGUUUAUCCACCUCAACAGUAACCAUGGGCAUGCAAACCACCAACAGCGACGCUUUGGCGGAAGUAGGGGGCGGGGAAAGCACCAUCAGCAUGAGGGGAGCAACACCAACCCGACAGGGCUCCUGACUCAGGGAGGCAGCGGGAGUGGAGCCUCCUCUCGACUGUCACCGCACCAACAAGAGCUGAGGGCCAUCAUGAGUGACCUGCGGCAGCUCUGCGCCCACUUCAGCCGCACAGUCAAGUUUUCUGUGAAACCCCCACUCCAAGUUCGCACGUCGCGCUCCCUUGCGAAGAUGGACGGUGCCGCGACGGUGGAGGCGAUGGCGACGCCCUGGCGCUGCCGCUGCUACGUCAAGGAGGAGUGGAACACUUCACCCCAGCCUCGCCUUGCUUAUGAGGCAUGCGGCAGCAGCCCGAACGACGCCCUCGUCCGCUGUGUCGCGGAGCUUCGGAGACAGUACAGGGAGGAGAUGGACUCGGCAAGCGUGACUCAGGAAGGCGUGCGGGAGGUGGCGGCGCUAGUACAGGGACAGGGGAAAACAGUGACAGCGACAUGGAGGGAAGAAACCGCCGGGGAGAAGCUGGAGGCAACAUCCGCAGAAAGCAACUCGGAGGAGGAGGUACAAGACAGCGCGCUAGCGACACGGGCGACAACGCAUGCGAAUUCCUUUACCUCUCUGACACAGCCGCCCACGUACAGCACCCAGCUGGAGGUAACCGACGCGCGAGGGAACACUGCCGUGUACAAUGCACGCCGCCAGGUCUCCCCGUACGUCGGGUACCAGACGGCAGCGAUGAGCGCCAUUCGCUCUGAGAGCGCAUGGAACCGCGACGCACACUUGCUAUCUGAGAGCUUGGAGUCGACGCCUUUGCUGUGGCGUCUGCGGUGGCAGUUCGACAUGUUGGUGGACCACAUCUGCCGCGCUACUGGCAAGCCGCCGCUGGAGGUUGCUUGGAUUAAGUUGGGCGGCACGGGCGACGGCGGCGGUGACGGUGCUCCAGCGAGGCAAGAGACCAGCACCAACGCAAUGAAGGUCAACAGUGUGACUCUCACACGUACCAAGCUCGACAUCCCCGCGAACCUCCCCAUUGUCUUCACCGGCUCCCUCUUCACUGAAAGCAAUGCUCUGGUGUGGCAGACGGCAGGGCCAGGGCGGUAUCGCGUGGAGUUCGACACUUAUGUGCAGGCCGUGUACUACCUACUGGACCAGUAUGGCGAUUGUCUAACCGCGCUACCAUGCAUGGGCGCCGGGCAAGGCGAGGGUCAGCUGUUCCCCAGCGUUGGCGUGCUAGAGCUGCAGGUGUUGCGGCACGACGCCUUCCCUAUCCUGAAUCACCACCGAGGCAAGUGGAGCUGUUACGCACUUCUGGGCUCGCUCACGACACACCUCCUUGGCUGCCCUUUCGACACCCAUUACCACUUUGACCUCACCACGAAGGAGUGGACAUCGACCGUGACCGUUAAUAAUGGCCGGCAGUCGAACUACCCCCUCUCACAGCGUCGAUCUAAGAUGAAAGGAGAGGCGUGGCGACGUGCGUGUCUCGCCGCUAUCCAGGACAACUUCCCUCGCCAAUACGCCGCUGUUAUCGAGAAACACCCCGAUGUGGAUCUCUCCAGUGACACCGGGGCACGCGGGCAGCGCUACCGCGCACUACCUCGAGAAAAGCGUAUUGCGCACAUGAGCGGCUUCGUAGCCAUGGUGAUGACUUUCGUCGAGGAGGACCUCGGGUGGAGGCAACCGCGUGUCCGGCUGCGCAACCUCUCCGGGGAUAUUGGCCUACCACAGUGGAUUGCCGAGAUGGAGGCCCAGGUGGAGGGGGAGGAGGAACGACGCGUGGUGGCCGUCUCGCCUGCCUUCUUGCAGGUGCGGCAGGCGCGCAAGUCCCUGUUCUUCCGACUUGCGAAGCAGUACUUUCCGAAAGAGCUGGAGGUGUAUCAGUCCCUGAACCGCAGCGAUGGCGACGACCCUGAGAUGGACAGCAAAGUACGCCGCACACGACUCUACGACCCGAAUAGGAGUUUUGAUGGGUCGAUGCUGGGACAUGUGACAGAACUGAUGGAGCGUGACCAUGCAACGAUUACACCGGUGAAGGUCACCUUGGAGGCGCGUGCGCGGCAGCAGGGCCCACACGAAACUGAUCCGAUGAGCUUGCAGUCGGCAGAAGGCGACGGUGGUAAUGACAUGGAGCUCGACAUGAAUUACUCGGACGGUGACACGAACAUUCUGCUCAGCCAGCAGCCGGAGCUGCUGCUGCGCCCUCUGCGCCUGUCGUACAGCGCGCAAGUCCUUGGCGAGCGCGGCAACAUUCUGAUCGCUGACUACGACUCUAGUCGUGCCACCACGCCGGCUGAUGCGGAAGCUGUGCCGGUACUGGUGACGGCACUCAAAUCCGCCUCUUGCCACCUCGCCGGCGCGGAUGCCGAGACGUUAUGGACCGAGUACGAAACGUACCCAGUGGCUGGCGCCGGCUCUAACCGCGAGCUGUGCCUCGCCCUUUUUGCGGCAUUCUUUGGGCAUAAUGCGAACGUCUCGAUGACGGCAGAGUCUGCAGCAACAAGCAGCGCGGAGGGCGAGCCGGCCAGAGCACGUGGCGCAGUCCCUCUUGGGGUAGUUGAUGUACAAGAUGUGAUGAACGACCCCGCUGCGCCGGUGAACGUAAUCCUGACUAUGGUGGGGAACUACUGGUUUGGCACUGUCGUCCUCCCACGCUUUGGUAUGUUGCCGAUUGCCAGGGCGAUCGCCACAUCAAAGCGCCGGUGCACUCGAGAUGCCCUCACGCUGGCGACUCGCCGCAGCUUUCCGCGGGUGUUGCAGUACAUUAUCAAGCGUGAUAUGGCAUCAGCAGCGGUGGCGAGCGAAGUUCUCUCCGAGCCGGUCAUUGAGCAGCUCCCGCCGGAUGCCUGCCGCGACGUGCUGGCACUGCUGGCCAAAUCCAGACGCAACCAUCCGCCACCCCCAUUUCGCCUGCUACUACGCUGCAUGAAAGAGACCUACCCGAUGCGCGACCACCGCAUCCGCGUUCAGAGCUCGUAUGACACGACGCACGGCUUCCAGUAUCGUCUCUACCUUCAGCGGGGUUUGCUUACACGACACGGCAGCACACAGCUGGUGGGAUACGGAGCCUCCACCUCGACCCAAACAGAAGCACUGGACCGCGCCGCCGUGAUGGCGCUGGAGAACCUCUUCGAAACAGCCCUACAUGCAGCGGAGACAAUGCAGCCGGGCUACCGCUCGCGAGGUGCAUCAGACCCCCAAAACGCGUAG